AUGCCCAGCCGCACCGCACGUGGUCGCGUUCAACGCGCACCUCUUCCAACCACCCGCCAAACCCGCUCUACUACAGCUCGCAUGCAAGCCCUGGAGGCUGCAGCCAUGCAGGCUUCUCACACCCCCGCUGCGGAUAUCCCGCACAUCACCGGCUUCUCAACAAUCAAGGAUCGCUACGAGGUCUUGCUGGUCGAUCUGUUCGGUACCCUCUGGGACGGUAAGACAAGCUUCCCCCUAUCCCUCGACUGUAUGCGUCGAUGCAAGCUCUCGGGCCUCAAGGUCAUUCUCCUAUCCAAUACGCCAAGGCCUAACAUCAAUGUCAGCGAUGCCUUGGUAACUGCCGGCAUCACYGACGACUGCUACGACAUGUUGCUCACUUCUGGCCAAGCCGCCCGGAACAUGAUCGAACAGCUCCCCGGACGCCCGAAACUCUUUCACAUUGGACCGGAGAAGAACGCAAGCGUCUUCGCCGGUUUGAAUAUCGAGGCCGUCACGACUCCAACCGAAGCUGACUUUCUCCUCAACACCGGCCCUCCUGAGGAGUACCGUGUGGGUGAGCCUAUGCCAGAGGUGGACGCCCUUCUCCAAGUCUGCGUGGACGCCAAGCUCMCUAUGGUUUGUGUAAACCCCGAUCUCGAGGUUAUGCGCCAAAAUGAGCUCUGGUGUUGUGCAGGUGAGUUGAUGAAGCGUUACACUGCCUUGUCAGGCGAGGUCUCUGGGGCGUACGGAAAGCCGUACGUCGAGGUCUUCGAGACGGCGUUGACGGGCUUGAACGUCGAUCCCUCCARGGUGCUGAUGAUUGGUGACGGGGCCGGAACGGACAUGCUUGGAGCGAAAAACUUCGGCUGUCACGGGCUUUGGAUCAUCGGCACGGGCAUUCACGCCGGGGAGGUUGGUCAGGACGAGGGUAAAAUCGCUGCGCUCGCUGCUAAGCACGAGGUGCAGCCAAUGGGGUGGAUGCAGGAGCUGACAUGGUAA